AUGUCAUCUGUAAAAAACAAAAAAGAAAAAGAAGCUCGAAAAUGUAUGAGAAACGGAAAGUUCAGUGACGCAGUCGACAAGUUUAAUGAAGCAGCUCAUGAGCUCAAGCAAAUUGGAGAUUUGGAAUCUGCAAUUUCUCUUUGUGAAGAAGGUUCAAAACUCGCACGUGAACACCGAAAAUACUUCGAAGGCAGUCUUUGUGAACGUACAUUAAGUGAAAUUUAUGCGGAACUAGGUAACAGAGAAUCAUGUCUUCAACACAUUGUCUCGUUCCGAAAAUUGGCAAAAGAAUGUGGAAGUCGAUCUCAGGAACAACUAUCGUAUCAUGUUGAAGCAUGGUGUCUACAACAAUUAUUUUUGAAUGGAGAAGCUGAACGAACUGAUAUUGAACGAGCAAUUGAAUUGACAAAAAAGGCUAGAGAACUUGUGGAUUUAUACAAAUCAUCGUUUAAAGAAAGUGAGCCUGGUGGAGCACCGAAAGUUCGAAAAGCUCAGCUGUUCACACUGGAAGCUCAGCUACAAAAUCAAAUAGGAAAUAAUGCGAGAGCAAUGCAAUUGUUGGACAAAACUGAAGGAUUAUUAAGAGUAAAUGAUAAAUCUAUGAGAUUCGAGAUGCUCCGUACUAAAUGUAGUAUUGCUCCUGUGAAUCAACGAGUAGAUAUCGCUGAAUUAAUGGACGAUGACGCAUCAGAAGAUAAAAAAGCUCAGACUUUAUGUGAACUUUCUCAUCAAUAUCUCCUUGCAAACCGUCUUGACAAAGCUUACAAGUCGCUCGCAGAAGCUUACUUUUUUCAUGAAGCUAGAUUUCCAGCUCAUGAGCUUGAGGAUACUGUCAAAAGAAUUUGCAUUAUUUAUCGACUGGUGAAGUAUAACAAAAUUCGAAAAAAUCCACAAAUGGAGCCUAAAUUAUCAAAAUGUCAACUCUACGAAGCAAUCGGAGAUCUUUAUGAUCAAUAUUUCCAAACUUUAAUGGCGAAAGAGAAGAAAGAAUAUCGGCAAUUUGUAAGAGACAAUAUUUUGAUGAGUUAUCAGAAAAUGUUAGAAUUCAAACGGAACGACGAAGAUGCUCUUCGUGCAUAUCAGGGAAUGGCUUUGGUUUACAGUGAUUUAGAUGAACAUUCAAAAUCUUUGGAAAUGUUUAAGAAUCUAUUGGAACUUCUCAUGAAAACUGGGGCUACAGAAGAAAAGAUUCUCGAUACUCGAGUUUCAAUAUUCGGUUGUAUGUGCAAGCUAGACUUUACGGAUUUGGAACCAAUGUUUAAUGAACUCAAUGGGAAAAUCCUUCGAUUAGACACCAAACGUGAGCUCUACGAGAAUUGGGCCAACUACUGGUCGGAUAAGCGGAACGAGGAAAACGCGAUAAAAUGGAAACAAGAAACUGAUAAUAUUCCAGAAGUUGUGAUUAAGAAUGAGGAUGAUGAAACUGAUGUCUUAUACUGGAAACUUUCAGAUGAAGAUGUGUUAGAGAGAUGCAAAGAAGAGAAUGAACUACUCAAAUUGGAUCUUCUAACGGAACAUCAGUUGAACAAAACGAAUGAUAAAGGAGAAACAGUUUUACAUCAAGCAGCAAUGAAAUCUGAAAAUGAAGCGGUUAUAGAGCGUCUGUGUAGACGUGGUUGUAAAGUCAAUGCAAAAGAUAAUGGUGGUUGGACACCUCUUUCGGAAGCAGUAGCUCACAAUCAAUACGGAAAUGUUCUAGUAUUGUUACGAUAUGGUGCAGAAGUGAACGCUAGAAGUGCAGAAUCAUUUAUGUCAGAAGAAUCACAAAAUUCUUCGACUGAACUGAACCAUUCUCGAUUGACACCUCUAAUGGAAGCAUGUACCAAUGGAUAUGUAGAUAUUGCUCAGUUAUUGAUUGAUAAUAGAGCAUCAGUUGAUCUACGUGAUAGUGCUGGAUGGACUGCUUAUCAGCAUUUGAAACGAUUCAUUGACGAAAAUGAGUAUACCGAGAGGCAUCUCAAAUUCGCUGAAAAUUUGAAGAUAUUGACUGCAAACUAUAAAGCGCCUGUCAAUAUUCCGCCACCUCAUCCGAUCAACAGAAUUCCACGAAUACAUCAAGAAGAAGAAGACAUUCCUCCUGAUGAUGUUGAGGAUGGAAUGAUUUAUGCAAUGGCUGCGUCGAGAAAACGAAGAAAUUCAAAUAAUUCUGAUAACUCAAGUAAUACGUCAAAAAGGAAACAAAGAAGCGAGGAAAAUAUUAAACCUCCAAACUCUACACCGCCUACAACUGCUCACUCGAAUCGGAAACGUCUUGUACAGCCUUCACUAAUAACGUCCAAACGCGUUCAACGACAAAACUCAUCAUCAUCGUUGACUUCGAAUCCUCGGAAUUCAAUUUCUCCCCGAAGAUCAAUAUCUCCAACUACAACAGUUCGAUCCGCUCCUUCGGUAUUUGGUGGUGACGAUGACUUACAAAUUGUUGGAUUUAAGAAAUUGAAUGGAAGAUCACCUCUACCCCGAAAGAAACCAACACCGACUAUCCGGCCAGUUGUAAUCACUCCCAGGCCUCCAAUCAUUCAGCAGAAGAGUUUAGAUAUCCCGGUCAAAUGCUGUUUCGAAGGAAAUUCUGCUGAGAAAAUUCAACCAGUUAUGCUGUUAUUUCCCCGAACUUUAACAAUCUCUGAAGCAAAAGCUCGUGUUCUAUCCAACAAUACUUCAAUUUCGCAACUCAAAAUUUCACGAGCUUGGAAGCAAGAUGAUGUGGACAAGUGUCUUCUUGGCGAUGAGCUCACUCUGAAUCAUCUUGCUGGAUCCGGUCAAUUAGUUCUGGUAUUUCAACUGACUGCCCCGUCGGCUGAUGAAGUGUAUCAAAAAAUCGUAAAAAAUCAAAUAUCCGAUGUAACCAAUCGUUUGAAACUUUUAUCCACUGAAAGUGAACUUGAUCUUUCUGACCUUUAUCUCAACUCUUUGGAACUAUUAGAUGUGACACGGACAUUAAACAAAUGCGAACGUCCUCAAAACUUUUCAUUGAAUCUAAGUCAUUGUGAUCUAUCAAUUGACGAUGAAGCAAAUCUUCAAUCUGUUAUAGAUGAAUGUAGUGAAUUGGUUUUGGCAAAUACAAUAUCAACAACUAGAUUUUCUGGAAUUUUUGAAAAACCUAAGCCUCUCCUAAAAAAGCUCACUAUUCAAUGUAUCGACUUUCGGGAAGAAUCUCAAAUCAUAAAAGUUUUAAAUCAAUGUUCCAAUAUUGAAUCUUUAAAUCUUUCUGGAAUACGGUUGCUUGCGAAUAAUACUUCGAUUGAUACUAUUAUCCCAUCAGUUUUUAUAGGCAUGUCUCAUCUCAAGAAGUUGGAUUUGAGCUUCAACUCCUCGUGGAUUUCCGAUCAGAUCUGGAUUCUGAUAUUGGGAGAAUUGAAGAAUUUAGAGGAACUUACCAUAAAUGAAACGAAAACAAAAGUGGAGUUUGAGUCUGAUUGGCUUUCGCAUUUGUGCUCAUUUUCUGCUCGUGGAUCAGAUCUUCAUUGGGAUUCUGUAUUUGAAACAUUAUCAGUUAUGGAACGAAUAACUCAUGUAGAUGUUAGUUAUUCUACAGUCGACCCAAGUCUCCCACAAGAACUACACAGCGGAUGUCCCAGAGCCCUUAAUAUUUUGUAUUAGUAUCUCACAAUUAUCUUAUCAAUUAUCGUCAAUACUGUUUAUCACAUUUUGCUGUAAAAUGAAAUGAAUAACCGUACAAUU